AUGUCGUACACCUUUUUGUCGUGCGCAAUCAGCUGCGUCUCCACGGCGGACUUCUCGAUGUCCCAAAUUGUGCAGGUGGUGUCGAUGCUGGAAGUGUCGAUUCAAUUGGGCUCGAUCUCGUUUCAAUCGAAGGAUGUUAGGGGAGUACAGAACUCGUUGGUCUUGCUGUUGUUGAGGACGGAUAUGAGUUCGACGGGGCCGUCGUCGCGGAGUUCCCAGAGGUGGAGGUAG